CGUUCUACAUCGACACUGCAGCGGGGAACAGUGUAACCCGUUAAAAACGCCCCGGUUUUUCACCCAAAUUACCCGUUCCAUAGCGGUUAACGUCAACCCCGUUCAAAACAUUCCCCCCCCCCCAAGUCCUUUCACUGAAAUUCCAUCCUACUCACACCAUGCCGAGUACGGACAGAGCAACAAAGAGACAACGGGCAGCCGUGGUCUGUAGGCUGUGCCUAUCUUGCAAGACUCGCUGCGAAGACGUCACGGAGCUAGGUUGUAAGCGGUGCAGGGACAAGAAGCGGCUCUGCUCGUUUAUCGAGAACGGGGAAUCAACGGGCAAUUCCACAGCACGACGCCCCGUUGAGAGUGCGACGGAUAACCGGACCGUGCUUCCCAGAGACUCCUCGUCGUCGACAUCAAGGCAAGGACGGAGGAAUUCAAGACAGGAACAGACGGCAAGACAGUCUGUUAUUGAGGAGCGGCACAACUUUGUUCCGCAAGUCGACUCUGUCCCUCCUUCUGUGGCCUGGCAUACCUCGGCAUCGACUAGCCCUUUCACAAGCAAUCAUAAUGCUCAACCGAUCCUCAGUCCCCUCCCGUCAAAUGACAGUACCAACCAAUACCCUCACUUUGACAAUGUCUUGGACUCUAGCGAGUUUGACGAGAGACUCUGCACUGCUUCCAAUGCGAGAGAGUUCCCCGAUGUCAUCAAGUUGGGCUUGAUGACUUCGGAUCAGGUCGACCAUGCUUUCUUCAUAUUUCAGCGUAGGCUUACUGCUCUCCUCUACCUACCCCCGUUCUGCGAGCUGGCUGUAGACAACAACAUACUACAGCACCCGUUUCUGACAUUGGCGACUUUGUGCUAUACUCCUUUCACGCAGACUGUCGACUUCGCGCCGUUGAUCGACCGAUCGGUCCGGCUUGUCAUGAGUGGAUGUGUUAGCUCGGAAGUCGUCACUGCACUCUACUUGAUCGCCAUGGCCCCCGUUUUGCCGAGUGCAGCUCAGACCCCUCACAUGACCUCGGGCUGGUUUCUGGAAUUGGCAUACUCUGCCGGCCGUCGACUGGGACUAGAAGCUCGGUCCAAGAAGGCGCUCGAAGAUCCUGAAAGAUUAUGUGAACCUUGGUUUGCAGCCACUCUGGAGCUCGUGCUGCUGUGGGAGAACAUCAAAGCGAGACACAACAUGUAUAUCGAGAGAACCACUUUCAUGGCUGAUCCAUAGUGUCUCCCUGAUGUACACACUGACGGACGAGCUACUUCCUUCCUGGGCCAACCGCCUGCCUUCCAAUCAUCCACGCGAGGCUUAUCGUCUGGCAAUCGGCCAACUCAGGCUUCUAUUAAGUCUUGUGGAGGCGGCGGCAGGGACGCACCAGUGUCUAGUCAGAGAAGAAUACGAAGGUACCGCCAGUGGACCGGUAGCAGACAUGGAUCACAAGGCCUGGAGAACCAUGAUGUCAAAAUUGGACGACCUAAGUCAUGAUCCAUGCAUGACGGAUCUCAUACGAUCCGAGAUUGGAUGUCUACCACAAAUGCUGGCGAUGC